UUGAUGAUGAAAUUUGUUUAACUUACCCUUCCACCCUUUUUGUUGUUGGAGAAGAAGCCUCAAAUGUUAGUAUGAAAGCUAUUCAACAAUUGAGAAAAAAUAUGAUUGCUGAUACCGGUUUAAUUGUUAUUGGAAGUGCAAAUCAUAAUUUAUUAGUUUCUGAGGCUAGAUUAGCUGUUGAAAGGGUUACACAAUUUGUUGUUCAAAGAACUAUUGUGGAAUAUACAAUCCAAUUCUUGAAACAAGUAAUUUCUGAUUUGGGUCCACCAAAACAAUGCCGCGAAUUUUUGACUCCCGUCAGUUUGCCAAAUAUUCAUGAAAUUGAUGUUGCUUUUCUUAAACCUAUUGGUGCGCAAAGAAUUAGAAAACCUGUGGAAAAGAAAAAGGAGGAUACAACAAAAAAAUUCAACAACAAAUUUUCUUUCCCCAAUCCACCACAACCACCAUCUUCUGCCCCACCAGCCAAAGCAACAUUUAAACCAACACAAAUAGCUUCAAAUUUACCUCCAAAUCUAAAACCUAUAGCCCCAACAGAAACUUCAAGACCUUUAAAUACAUCAACAACACGUUCUUCUUCCUUUUCUGUCACUAAAAAACUUUCGACAGAUUUAAUAAAAAUUCCAAGUCCAGAAGCAUUAAAUAAAAUGCAUUUACAAAUUAGACAACAAACAACAACAACAAGUAAUCAUCAAAUAGCUACUACAUCCUCUUCAAGUCUUCAAGAAACAAUUAGAGAGGAGGAAGAAGCUGCGGCGGCACUGGCACUUUUAAAAUAA